AAAGAACAGAGUAGACAUGAAGGCCUUCAUCGUCCUUGCUUGCGCCGUAGCCGUUGCUAACGCCGGAGUGCUCCUCUCGGCAGGCAACUCCGUGCAGCACCGUUCUGAGGACGGUCUCGGCAGCUAUUCCUUUGGCUACGAUGAGAAGCACCCGACCGGUGGAUCUUUUCGUCAAGAGUCUGGCUCGCCCGGCGUUAAGGUUGGAACUUAUGGACUUUCAGUGGCCGAUGGUCGCCAGCGUGUUGUCAAUUAUGUUGCUGACGAAGCUGGAUUCCGUGCCAGCAUCUCAACCAACGAACAAGGAACCGCUCCCUCGCUGCCUGCUGCCGCUGCCUACAACGCUGCUCCGGCUCCAGCAGUUGCUAUAGCCGCAGCUCCCGCGAUCGCUGCUCCUGUAGUAGCUGCUGCUUCGUACGCUGCCCCCGCUGUUGCUACGAUCCAUGCGUCUCCGGCUGUAGCUACCAAUACUGCCUUUGUUGCCCAAAAAGUCGCCGUCGCCGCCCCCGCCGUGGCUGCCUACGCUGCUCCCGUUGUUCACAAAGUCGCCUCCGCCGCCCCCGUCGUGGCAGCCUAUGAUGCUCCCGUUGCUCACAAGGUCGCCGUCGCCGCGCCCGCCGUAGCUGCCUACGCUGGUCCCGUUGCUCACAAGGUUGCCAUCGCUGCUCCCGCCGUGGCUGCUUAUGUCCCUGUUGCUGUCGCUAAGGCCCAUUCGUACUCCUCCGCCGUAAACCACGGAACCGUCCAUGCUGCCCCGACUGUAGCUGUGGCUACCCCCACCGUGGCCGCCUAUGCUGCCCCUGUCGCCCAUAUUGGUCACAAGGUCCCCGUCGCUGCCCCCGCGGUGGCUCACUACGUUACCCAUCAGGUGGCCGCCGGCCCCGUCGCAAAGGUAGCCGUUACUGCUGCCCCAGCAGCGGCUGCCUAUGCAGCCCCCGCGGUGACUCAUUACACCACCCAUCAGGUAGCCGCCGGCCCCGUUGCUAAGGUUGCCGUUGCUGCACCGGCUACGGCUGCCUACGCAGCCCCUGUCUCUCAUGUCGCCCAUGUUGUUGGCCACAAGGUUGCCGUCGCUGCCCCCGCCAUCGCUUCAUACUCAGUGGCCACCCCUGCCAUACAUAAGCACACCUACGUCGCUACACCCUCCAUCUACGGCUUCGGAUACCAUGGCCUCGGAUACGUAUGACUCUAUCACCAGAGGGUCAUGGUUUAGAUCAGCUACUGAAUAGUGUUCACAUUUGAAAAUAUUUCGGAUGUAUAUAAGGAAGUUGCAUUGGCAAAAAUGAAAAUGAAAAGAGCAAAUGAGUUGAGUAAAGCAUAUGCAGGUUAAACGUAC